UGGCCCCUGCCGCAGCAGCCACAGCAGCCGCCAGCCUCCCUGCACUUGGUUCGCUCUCGUCCACGACGCACAAGGGCUGGCUCCGGAUGUUCGGCGGCGGCACAACCUCGCACUCCCACUUGCCUAGCACGCAGACUCAGAUGGGGACUGGAAGGUGCAGACUUAGAGGAAGCCAUGUGGAGCAACAAGCUGCAGCACCGCCACCAAAUCCGCCAGUUCGAGCGCACCAGCGAGUCGUCAGCACUGUUGAUCCGCCGGGAAGCAAUUCCUGCUAUGUCCAGCGUAGGUCUGGGUUGCGGCGACGGAACAAAGAACGCCACUCCCUCAACUGUCGCAGGGAAUGGAGUCUCCGCAACAGCGACUACUGCAAUUGCAUCGGGGAAAAGGGACGAAGCGAAGCAAGAACCUGCCAGCCUCUCAGAUGGGAGCACAAACCCAUUACCCACGUCCGGGAACGGUGACACUGGCCAUACAGACACUCCGAAUUAUAUAUGUAUAACCUUUACUACUGUCCCACCGUUGUCAGUGAGUGGGUACUACACCAACGAAGCUGUUCCCCCCAUCUCAUCAGAGAAUUACGAGGCAACUACAACCCCCAACUAUCUAGAUGCGACGGUCACGUCAAGUGCAUUUCCAACACAGCAGGGUGACCAGGCUAAUGACGGCAAUCCAACGGAGAAUUGCGAAGAUGCUCCCCUUCCAAACUUCAUUGUCUCAAGCUCACCCGCAUCAUCGCAGUAUAACUACACCAUUCCAUCAGAGAACUGUGACCACACGCUCACUCCUAGCUUGCCAGGUCUGAACGACACCACAAGCCUUAUUAUUCCAUCAAACGGCAACGAUUUCCAGCAAUCUCCCUCC